CGGUCGCAUGCAGCUCCUAUGAGGCCCCUGUCGCCGGUCGGCGAUGUCCGACUGGAACUGUCGCCGCCGCUGCCGCUGCCGGCUGUGAGCGGGUCUCCGGUCGGGUCGUCCGGGCGUCUCAUGGCCGCUAGCAGCUCCCUGGUGCCCGACCGGCUGCGCCUGCCGCUCUGCUUCUUCGGCGUCUUUGUCUGCUAUUUCUACUAUGGGAUCCUGCAGGAAAAGAUAACAAGAGGAAGGUAUGGAGAGGGAGCCAAGCAGGAGAAGUUCACUUUUGCCUUAACUUUGGUCUUCAUCCAGUGUGUGAUCAAUGCCGUGUUUGCCAAGAUCUUGAUCCAGUUUUUUGACACUGCCAGGGUGGACCGUACCCGGAGCUGGCUCUAUGCUGCCUGUUCUAUCUCCUAUCUGGGUGCCAUGGUCUCCAGCAACUCAGCACUGCAGUUUGUCAACUACCCAACUCAGGUCCUUGGUAAAUCCUGCAAACCGAUUCCAGUCAUGCUCCUUGGAGUGACCCUCUUGAAGAAGAAGUACCCAAAGGCCAAGUACCUGUGUGUGUUGCUAAUUGUGGCUGGAGUGGCCCUUUUCAUGUACAAACCCAAGAAAGUGGUUGGGAUGGAAGAACACACAGUUGGCUACGGAGAGCUGCUCCUGUUAUUGUCUCUGACCCUGGACGGGCUGACAGGUGUUUCCCAGGACCACAUGCGGGCUCAUUACCAGACAGGCUCCAACCACAUGAUGUUGAACAUUAACCUCUGGUCAACGCUGCUGCUCGGAGCUGGAAUCCUGUUCACUGGGGAGCUCUGGGAGUUCUUGAGCUUUGCCGAAAGGCACCCUGCCAUCCUCUAUAAUAUCCUGCUCUUCGGCCUAACCAGCGCCCUGGGGCAGAGCUUCAUUUUCAUGACAGUUGUGUAUUUCGGUCCCCUGACCUGCUCUAUCAUCACCACGACUCGGAAGUUCUUCACCAUUCUGGCCUCCGUGAUCCUCUUUGCCAACCCCAUCAGCCCCAUGCAGUGGGUGGGCACCGUGCUCGUGUUCUUGGGUCUCGGUCUGGAUGCCAAGUUUGGGAAAGGAGCCAAGAAGACGUCCCACUAGGAAGAGGGGGGCUGCCCCCCCUGCAGGAGCGUUUAAGUUAUUAUCUCAGACAGUGUUUUCUCGCGGGGGAACGGACACGGUGGGGAGAGAGGACUGGGCUCCAGUC